CACAAGAACAAAGUCAGCAGCUGAAUCAUGUCCUGUCGUGAGCCAGAGCCUGAGUGAAGGUCUGCUCCAGGCUGUGUGUUUUAGAGCAGGCCUUCCUUUGCUGUGUCCUGCUCUCCACCACCUGUGGAACAAUCUUUGCCUCCCCUUCUUCUCCCAGGCCUCAGGGAAGUCACUGCUCUGCCCGCUCUAAAUAUCCUGGAAAAACACCCGUACUUUUCCUGUCCACUUCCAAAGGAGGGGAAACCGAGAGCGCACACACACACACACACACACACACACACACACACACACACACACAGAGAGAGAGAGGGCCAGGGGGGCUUAGAAAGACACACACUGCCCUGCGUGUGCUUCGGGGGGGGGGGGGGUGCAGGGGGCCACUCACAGAGGUAUCUGCUUCUCUGCUGAGGCUGCAGUUUCCAGCAUGUAUGUGAGAGGCAGUUUGCAGUGUGUGAGAGGUACAAAGGCUACAGGAUUACUGAAGUGGAGACACACGACACACACGUGAUCUCUGGGUUAUGGGGAGACCUCUUUCUUUUAAUUUAAAGCAAAAGAGCAGUGAGCCAGCGCUCCCCAACUACCAUACCCGCUAACAACAAAACCUCCCUCAGCCAAACCCUAUCGGCAGCCUGCAGAGGAGCUGCCCCUCUGGCUUUUUUUUUUACAGUCCAUUCUGCGAGGAAACUGUGCGGACACGGUGAUCUGAGCUGUCUGAUUGGCCAGAAGUAGGCAUAUAGUAUGUCUGCAGAGGUGGCCAUACAGCCCCUGGAGGAUGUUAGCCCCCAAAUGAUGUGCUCCAGUCCCCAACCCAGUCCACAGCCCCGGGCCAAAGUGCUCAGGGAGGACCUCCUAAAGAUCCUGGACCCUUCACGGAAGAAGCUGUCAUCCUUGGAGACGCAGCGCAUCGCAGGGGUGCUGGAAGACUGCAUCGCCAGGGUGGAGACGGUAGCCUUGCUGCCGGCUGUGCUGUCCCGCCUGGGAGGGCUGUCUGUGGGGUUGGAGUUGGAGGGGGCCUUACAGGAGCACCAGCACCUUGGAGAGAGGCUGGGGGGCCUGGGGCAGAAGCUGGUUGAGGGGGAGGCAGGGGAGAGAACGAGAGCAGAGUUAGAAAGGGCCAUCCCCAGCUCACUGAGGAACGUGCUCAGACUGCUGAGAGCUCAUCCAGCCGCCACCCGAGCCCUGAGGAGUGAGGCAGAGGUAGGGGGGCAGGGGGUGAGUGAAGGGGUGCGAGGGCUGGUAGGGGGGCUGCAGGAGUUACGGGGGGUGCUGUUAGAGAAACUGCUCACGAGCCCGUCCGAGGAACGUCAAAGAACACGCUACAUGCAGGAGGUUUCGCUGCGCCAUGGCAACAACAUGGAGCUGGUUGCUACACUGGAGAUGGAAGUCGCUGCCGCCAUCAAAGACAGAGAUGCUGAGACCUCUAAGAGAAAUGAGGUGAUCAGGAAGUUGAAGAGCUCUCUGCACCAGAUGGAGAAGAUCUCUGAGGACUUUGUGUUGAGGACACAGCAAGACGCCGACAAGCAGAACCAGUCAGACGCUAAGACCUCACAGGGGAGGCGGGCCCGCAUGCAGCAGGAAGCCAAUCAGCUGAGAGUUCAGCUUAACAACCUGAUUUCUGAGAACCGCGAGGUAGAGACUUCGCUCCGUAAGAAAAAAUAUAAAGUGGAGACAGAAAUAGAGAACUGGAUCCAGAAGUAUGAUGCUGAUAUGGGAGAGAAACAGUUUGAGCUGGAGGACAUGACAAGGGUCUAUGAGGAGGAGAAGGAGGAGCUGAGAGAGCUAGAGGAGGCGUAUGCUGUCCUGGAGCAGGAGUUCAGUCAGAUCCAAGAGGAGCGGCGUUUGGCCGAGGAGAGGAGGGAGGAGGAGCAGAAAGAGCUGGAAAAGAAGAGCCGUGCAUCCACCAUUAUCCAGGCUUACUGGAGGGGCCACCGUGUCCGCAAGGCCAUGAGGGGGAAGGGCAAGAAGGGUAGCAAGGGCAAGAAGGGAAAAGGCAAGAAGGGCAAAUAACAGCCCUGUGGAAAACUCGGCAAGACCAUGACAGUCCAUUAUUCCAGCAUGGUUUUUAUAUUUGUGGGAAAGAAGUGUCAGCUCUCCAAAAACACAUCCAUUUUGCUUUUCUCCUCUUGUACGUUUUCCUUUUAGGUAUCAGAGUUUAUUCCAAUAAAUACUGUGCAACGAA